AUGAUAAGAUUAAAUAAAGUAUCAAUUAUAUCUAAAAUUGGAUAUGCCUGGACAAUAUUAUCUACUAUUACAACUAUUCUAUUAUUUUUAUCAUUUUAUUCACCUUUUUGGUUAUAUGGUACAAUAACAAUAGAUGGUAUCUCUGAAGAAACAUCUUUUGCCACAUUUAGAAGAUGUAAUUAUCCUGAAUUUAAUUCGAUUGAUGAAAAAUAUUAUAUACGAAGAGAGUGUGGUAGAUAUAUUUCUAUAGAAGCAAUUCCAUCAAAGUAUUGGCAAAUAUCAACAAUAUUUAUUUCUUUAAGCAUUUUUAUUUCAUUUUGUAUUAUUUGUUUUUUGAUACCUUUUAUUUUUGUUCCUAAUAUUUUAACACGAAAUGGAUCUUUAAUAUGUGGACUUUUCCAAGUUUUUUGUGGAAUAUUAACAUUUACUAGUUGUAUAGUUUAUCCAUUAGGUUGGGAUACUAAUGAAGUUACAGAAUCAUGUGGUAAAAAAUCAAAAUCAUUUGACUUAGGUACAUGUAAAUUAGGUUGGGCUUUUUUUACAACAAUCUUUUCAUCAGUACUUCUUUUAAUUUGUGGAUUAUUAUCAAUAAAAAGUGUUAAAGUAAAAGAAAUUGAAUAUCAAGGUUCUAAUGAACCAUUAACCAAUAACACAUAUUUUACUGGUUCUAGUAUUUCUUGUUCUACAAAAUCAUCUACAACAAGAAGAAUUGAGGCAGCUCAACAUGGUAUUACUUCUAGGGAUGAAAUUAAUAAAUCAUUUAGAAUGAAAAUGAUAGGACAACCAACUAAACCAAGUUAUAUUGAUGUGUAG